AUGUUUCCAGUAUCUAUCGAUAUGGGGAGUGAUGAGAGUAUCUAUCUUCUGAAACGGGAUGAGGCUGAAACUGAACGUCUCAAUAAUCAACACCGAUUCCUGGUGAAAGUUGCAGGAAAUAUCCUGCACCCUUCAAUCCCCACAGAGGAUAUCACCGCCGUCGCCGAUCUGGGCACCGGAACAGGAAUCUGGCUCGAAGACGUCGCCAACUCCCUCCCCAACAAAUCCGUCUACCUCCACGGCUUCGACAUCUCAUCUGCACAAUAUCCACCUGGAAAUGAAAUCCACCGGCCAGGAAGAAGUCCCAUCCCGCUAAGCGUACACGACGCCCUAUAUCCAUUCCCAGUCGAGCAUCACGGCCGCUACGACCUAGUCCAUAUCCGACUGUUAACAGCCGGGCUACAGUACAGCAGCUAUGCCAUCGUGCUCCAGAAUGCAAGGGAAUUACUGAGUAAGUAUAUCCAUCCAUUCAUCCAUCCCACUGCAAUAGCCGGGUCCCCCUCGGCAGAUUCACAUACAAACACAAACACAAACACCAGCUCAACCAUCGCAGAACCAAACGGCUACCUCCAAUGGGAAGAAGUAGACCAUACAGCCUUCUGCACAGACAGCGUGCCCGAAAUCCCAGCCAUAACACAACUCCGCCAGUCCGUCAUCGGCGCCAUGCUGAAACUAGGUCUUUGGCCUUUCGCGCCGCAGCGCGUCCAUCAUCAAGUGUCCGCGGGCGGAUUCCGGGAUAUACGACGUGUGACGUACACCACCGUAGGGAAUGAGGGGAUGAGGGGCGUUUCGCAGAAGUGGGUUGCUGGUGUGAUUCGGGCGCUUGUGCCUGCUUCGAUGGUUGUGACGGGGGAGGCGACAGAUGAGGGUCAGGCUCGGGAGGUUGUGGAAAGAUUGGUUGAGGAGUUUGAUGAUCAUUGUGUUGGGGCUCGGGUGCUUGUUAAUUUUGGUGUUAUUGUUGGUAGGAGGUGUGAUUGA